GACGCUAGGAGCUGUCCGCGGUGCUGAAGCCUCGGCUUCCUCUUUCUCUCCAUGUGUCCACAGCUCACACAGACAGGAAUCCGCUUACGGAGCCUCCAAAUUAAAAAGGGACCUCCGCGUUUCACUUGAUUAUUCUCGACCGUCUUCACUCCGAGAAUUCUUGAGGAAGUCCGGGAGACGAGCCGCACGCCUCCGUUCCCGUUUUCACCCGACGACCAGCUCCUCGCUUUGCUCGCUUUUUUUUGUUUUCUCCGCUGGAAGUAUUUUUUAUUUAUUUUUUAAAUACAUUUUUGCAACCAAAGGACGUGCACCGUAGCGACGCGGAGAGCGACCUCGACUUUGGGAGACAUGUGCACGAGACGAGACCGACAAUUUCAGAGCCUGUUGGCGGCUUUGUUUCUCGCUGCAGCCGCCGUGGCUCAGAUACAUCCACAAGGUCCAAAAGAAAGAAACAGUGUCAGUAAGAGAACACUGGGUCCUGACAGGGAGCUCUUCACACACAUAUCGACACAGGACACCGAGAGCGAAGUCCAUUCAGUCACCACCGCCUCGCCGGUGAACAUCCCCAACCACCAGCCGGUCCUCAGGGGCCUGCUGCUUCACGACCACCUCCUGACGAGGAACUUCCAGGGGGACCAGCACUACUUCAGGAAGGACGGAUCUGUGGCGGCGUACCCCACCGCGCCCGGCUACGCGUCGGCUCCAAACGCAGGGGACUCGGUCACUCAGCUCGUGUCCCAUGAGGACGCCCCGGCCUUCUCAGACAUCGCCACCACGGCCACCGCCGCCGCCACCUCCCCGCUGACGACAUUUUCUCCCACAACUCCAGGGUCGCCCGUGUCCUAUCCUCCGAAGAAGUCGCUGAAGGUAAAAACCAGCGGAGCAGAGAAGGUCGAGCCAACGACCGACUCCCUCACCACACAAGUGACACCGAAUAAUAAGAGUCCAGGCGGCGGAAACGUCGCCGCAGCCUCCGUGUCUCUGUGGGGAAGCCGGCCUCAGAGCUGGGGUGGUCUUCCAGUGGAGGCCACCGCUGCUGCGCCCGCCUCAGAGAAGGUGGACAAGGGGAAUGUGAGGGAAGCCGGAUUGAAAAACAAAACCAGCCCGGAUCAACCAACUCCCAAGAUAACUUCAUCAAUCCAAGAAAAAAGCGUGACCACAACCUCCACCACCGUCAUCACCACCACCACCAUCACCACCGUGCAGACAUCAGAGCCGUGUGGUCUGAAUUUCACUGACCCUGAGGGUAACAUCGAAAUCCUGCAGGAACUUGACUCCGGAGUGGAGUGCAACCUCCUGAUUACUGUCUACCUGGGAUAUAACAUCGAGGUCCAGGUGCUAAAUGUGGGUGUGUUUGAAGGCGAGCAGAUAACAGUGGAAGACACAGGCGGUCAGGAACCCUUCAUCCUUGCCAAUGAGUCCGUCUUGAUGAGGGGCCUUGUGCUCCGCAGCUGGAGCAACCAGAUCUCAAUCCGCUUUCGCAGGGACCAGCAGCACAGUUCAGGAUUCCUCCUGCUGCAUUACCAGGCUUUCGUGCUGAGUUGCACUUUUCCCAAAGAGCCGGCCUCUGGAGAGGUCUCCGUGACACACCUCCACCCUGGCGGAGAAGCAUUUUUCCGUUGCUCCACUGGGUACAAGUUGCUGGGACCCAAAAUGCUCACCUGUCGUAACGCAACCACGCCUUACUGGAGCGGCAAGGAGCCCAGAUGUGUGGCAUCCUGUGGGGGAAUGAUAAAAAAUGCCACCUACGGUCGCAUCGUCUCACCUGGUUUCCCUAGCAACUACAGCAACAAUCUGACCUGCCACUGGGUCCUGGAAGCCCCCGAAGGCCAUCGGCUUCAUAUUCACUUUGAGAAGGUGGCUCUGGCAGAGGACGAUGACAGGUUGCUCAUUAAAAAUGGCAACAACAUCGACUCUCCCCCGGUGUAUGACUCCUAUGAGGUAGAGUACCUGCCAAAUGAGGGCGUGCUCAGCACUGGGCGUUAUCUUUUUGUGGAGUUCACCACAGAUGGGACGAUGACUUCCACCGGCGCGGCUAUUCGAUAUGAAGCUUUCGCCAAAGGAAUGUGCUAUGAACCUUUUGUGAAGUACGGUAACUUCAGCAGCAGUGACUCCACCUACGGCGUGGGCGCAGUCGUCGAAUUCUCCUGCGACCCUGGAUACACUCUGGAGCAAGGCUCUGUGGUGAUUGAGUGUGUGGAUUCAGAAAACCCACAAUGGAACGAGACUGAACCAGCCUGCAGGGCCGUGUGCAGUGGCGAGAUGACAGACUCUGCUGGUGUGGUGCUGUCUCCUAAUUGGCCUGAGGCCUACGACAAGGGGCAAGACUGCAUCUGGGGUAUCCAUGUGGAAGAGGACAAGAGGAUCAUGCUUGACAUUCAAGUCCUCCACCUGGGGAAGAAUGACCUGCUGACCUUCUAUGACGGAGAUGACCUGACUGCCAACAUUUUGGGCCAGUACAGUGGAACGAGGCCUCACUUCAAGCUCUACACCUCCAUGGCAGACGUCACCAUCCAGUUUCAGUCCGAUCCCGCCACAAACAUCUAUGGCUACAACAACGGAUUUGUGGUUCACUUCUUUGAGGUGCCGAGGAACGACACGUGCUCCGAACUGCCGGAGAUCACCAACGGCUGGAAGAGCACAUCCCACCCCGACCUCAUCCACGGCACCGUCGUCACCUACCAGUGCUACCCGGGAUACGAGCUGGUGGGCUCCGAGAUCCUCAUGUGUCAGUGGGAUCUCAGCUGGAGCGGAGAUGUGCCGAAAUGUGAAGAAGUUCUGACCUGUCCGGACCCCGGAAACGUGGAGCACAGCCGUAAAGUGAUCGCAGGCACCCGCUUCACGGUGGGCUCGACCGUGCAGUUCUUCUGCAACAAGGGCUACGUAAUGUCCGGCGCCAACGUCCUCACCUGCUACAACCGGGACUCGGCGAAGCCCAAGUGGAAUGAGAGGCUUCCCAAGUGUGUCCCUGAAAAGUACGAGCCAUGCAGGAACCCUGGUGCUGCCUCCACCAGCCUGCAGAGCUCUGAGAAGGCCUUCUACCAAGCAGGGGAGACACUGACCUUCUCCUGCCACUCCGGCUACGAGCUGCAGGGUCACGCCACCAUCUACUGCAUCCCCGGACACCCUUCACAGUGGAACAGCACUCCUCCUGCCUGCAGAGCAUCCUCGACGCAGUUUGUGAAUGAACGUAGGCUGGAUGUUGUUAAUAUGGAUUAUGACAUGGAGGGAACCAAUAUUGCCCUGGCAGUUUUUAUUCCUACUGCAAUCGUCUUGGUGGUUGUCCUCACUAUUUACGUCUACUUCGCAAAACUCCAGGGGAAGACCAUCAGAAUGCCAACGUCCUCGCCACCAUAUGACAACAUGACAGAAGAGUCAGCCUUCGACAACCCUAUAUACGAGAGCGGCCACUGGCAGAAUCAUUCUAGAUACUAAAACAUGCCAGUGGUUCCACUUUGGCUGUAAUGCAGAACAACUAUAAGGACAAAUGAAAAAGAUUAAGAGGUGUCCAUUUAGAGACCUUAAAGCAAGAAUUGCUCAAGCUUUGCCUUUUGGGACCCUCUCUGCACUGCUCAUCUUUUCCUCCUACCGUCUUUAUUUUUUUUUCUCCCUAAAUAUUUUCUUUUUGUUUCUUCUUUCUGUGUAUUACUGUAAAUAUGUCUUUUCUUUCCGCGAUCAAUUCUGUGAAUCUGUGGAACACCAUGGUGAUAUUUUUAUAAAGUAAACCGGUGAUGACCAAUGGUGAUUGUAUGUUUUUGAGUACUUGUUGAUGCCCUGGGUCAGUGAAAUAGAUUGAGGGUGACGGUACUCUUAAUUCUCGACAUCUGUUGGACACUAAUUCCCUGUCACUCUAGAUUUUUUUUGGGGGGGGGGAGUUUUUGCCAUUGUUACUUUCUGUUCUUUGUGUGUAUGAGUCUGCUAUUUGUAAAUAAACUGCCUGUCCAAUA